GGUUCUGAUACUUGCUAUUUUAUAUCAUGCAGAUAGCUGAAAACCUAAGACAACAACCGAAAAAGUCGAAAUUUUUUCACGGUUGAACUGUUUCACGAAACUUUCAUCUUCAUUAACGGUCUUUUCAAGUUGUGUUGCAUUGUCGUUGUUAUUUAUCGAAGAUUUUGACAAAUACAGAAAGAAUCAAAGAAGAAACGAAGAAAAGACUUUUUCUUCGUUCAUUUCUUCAUGUGUAAUGGCGUAUGCUUUGACAGAUCUUGGCGUGCUACGGUGGGUGAUUGUUGUACAGUGCGUGGUUGAUGUGAAGUAAAAAAUAAGUAUAAACUAAAAUUAAUUAACCAAAAUGGCUGAUGAAAAUUACGCACGCAAUAUGAAAAAGAGUGGUUUGUUGUACAGACGAAAAAGGAAGUUGGAAGAUUUAAGAAAAGAAGAAGAGUGUGGUGCUGCUGCGGAAUUCGACUAUACCGAUACGACUGAUGGUAUGGUGCAACCAAACAGUGACAUUACAGCUAAACUUCUUGGUGAAGCAUCUUUUCAAGGGGAUGGCGAACAAUUUCCGCUGAUCUUUAGUCCAAACGAGGAAGAAGCCGAGAGUGGUAAAGAAGAAGCCGAGUGUGGUGAAGGUGAAGCUGAGAGUGUCGAAGGAGAAGCUGAGAGUGACGAAGAAGAAGAUGAGAUAGACGAAGGAGCUAUUGAUUUUGAUACAAUGUCAGUCUCUGAUUGUUUGCAUUAUUUUGCAUUGUAUACCAAUCAAAAGCACUCGGCGAUAAAUAUGUUGCUUAAGAUUUUGAGGACGAAGACUAAUUUUGCUCUCCCAAAAGAUGCCAGAACGCUUCUAAACACCAAUAGAAAGCGUCCAAAAAUAAAAGAUCUGGGAAAUGGUUCAUUCUGGAACCGUGGCAUUAGGAAAAGUCUAAUUCAAAGUUUACGAUUUGCAACAGUACCAGAAACACUAUCUUUAAACAUUUUCAUCGACGGGCUUCCGUUGCACAAAAGCAGUAAAAUACAAUUUUGGCCGAUCAUGAUCAACAUAAAGGAAAUGCCUCAGAUUGCCCCAAUCACAGCAGCUAUUUUUUGUGGGCGUACCAAACCAAAAGAUGUGAGAAGGUUUAUGAAACCACUGGUACAUGAGCUGAAUAUGUUAAUGGACGUUGGUAUGGUGCUGAAUAAUCGUCGAGUCACAAUUAAAGUACGGGCAAUAAUAGCGGAUUCUCCUGCCAGAGCUUUUUUAAAAGGUAAAUACAAAGUAAGCAUGUAUUUAAAAAAAUUGAAAGAUACUAAUCCUUUUCAUCAAAUGUACUUUUGACCGAUUUUUUUUUGUAUCAUUCGUACGCUUUGACUUUCUGGACUCGAAUGAUCUUUAUUACCUAAACAAGUAACACUUCCUCUUACAUUCUAUCACUUAGAAUUGGUCCCUAAAUAACGCUUUUACACAAACACUAUUUCUUAUCAUAAAUUUGGUUGUCAAAAGUGCGGAUUACUGGGCGUGAACCUUACUUUACCCGAUUGGUACAUCUGUAGUAGAACUAUCAUCGGAUUAAACCAAUCAGGCCAACAAGAGUGAGAGGAGGAUCGAGCGUCUUGUAAUACCAUGUAAAGAUCUCAUGUUAUUGUAAAAAAAACUAGUAAUGGGUAAAGACAAAAAUCGGCAUCGUUUCUAAAUGAAUCCGCCAAGCGGCUUCGUAAGGAAGGUGCACUAUUCCAAGGCUAGAACCUUUUACCAUCCGGAGCCGCCAGUCGACAUCCGGAAUUUUACGAAUCGUCGGAGUCAAUAGCCAGUUCCAGCUGCCGGCUAAUGGAUACGGAUUGCUCUGUUGGCAACCACUUAGGAAAUGACUGAAUGUGGUUGUCGAAGUCUUUUUUCAUGCAACUUGAAUGGUUGUGACAGGAAACGCAUCUUUAGUGCGCGCUCUGACGCAGACGAAAAACUGCUAGACGUCUUAUAUGUUUUCCUCCUCAAAUUCCAACGCGCUAUGUUUUUUCGUCUUCUCAUAUGUUUUGUUUAGAUUUGGAAAUUUAUAAAAUGAUUUCCCAGUGUGUUUUAUACUUUUAUUCAUACAGAAACUUGCCCCACACUUCCUUCGCAAUUUGUGUAAGCCUUGCACGCUUAGUGUUGUGAUAUCGCCACCCUUCUAUCGAAUACAGUACACUUUCGUCUUUCUGAAUAUAUGGAAUAUGCCUUUCUCUAUUUCCUCUUGUUGCCCAUGCGGUAGCCUACAGUAUAAUAAUCCACUUUGCCGCUCGGAUCUCUCUCUGGCCCGACCUGCUACACUCACACAUCACCCGAAGACCAUUGCCUGUCUUCGGUGAGUGCCCUUAGCCGUUAGGCAGGUUCGGCCAUAACACU